AAAAAACAAAAUGAUUAAGAAUAGCAUCUUUAUUGCACUCUUUGUGUGUAUAUAUUUAACAUGUACAGUCUAUUCACAAGGAGCUCCUUGUGUGUUCAAUACACCAUUGCCAAUUAAUCCAGAUUAUUAUUGGACAAGUCUUGCCUCCUUCCGAGCAUGCUUGCCAAAUAUUCCUGCUGACAAGGAUAUGAUUGCAAACACCCUUGAUAUUGCUGUUGCUACUUCUAAUGGUUAUUCUUAUGAAUAUAUGGUUCAAAAUAGCACAUACUCUGGAUCUGCAUAUUCUAUUUCUGUAAAUUUGAAGAAUAGAAUUCAACAAAUCAGAAACAAGAAUUAUGAUUUCGACUAUCAAUUCCACAAAGAAUUGAUGGGUCUCUUCUUCAGUCUCUAUGAUGCUCACACAAUUUACAUGCCUCCAAAUCCAUACAAGAAUUCUUACUUGGUAUUCCCAUUCGAUUUGACUAGCUCAAUUACUAAUGUUGGACAAGUUAUUAGUGUAAAGGCUGACAAUCGUCUCUAUAGUGCCAUUACUGGUUCUAAUUCCGGUGCUGCUGGUAAAACUAUUAGAACUAUCAAUGGAGUCAAGCCAAAGGACUUUUUAGAUAGCAUUGCUAAUACUAUUUUCAUGUCAAAGGAAGCUGCUUCCAGAUUCAAUGAAGUUAUCAAGAUGCAAGAAAUGUCUCUUGGUGCUUUGAUUAUGCCAGAAUUUGAUUCAUUGAACUAUGUUUUCAGUGAUGGUUCCUCUCUCAAUCUCCCAUUGGUUGUUUUGCUCUCUCAACAAAUUAAUGGUCCAAAAGAUUUCAAGAAUUUAAUGGCUGCUCAACCUUCCAAGUCAAGAAUUGAAGUCAGAGUUAACAAUAAUCAAAAACGUGCACCAACUAUGGCUGUUGAUCCAAGAAUGGUCAUUCCAGAAUUGUCAAUUCCAAAGAUUGUUUACAAGAAAACUGGUUUUGAAAGCAAGCUUAGAGGAAUGGCUGCUGGUAAUCUCAAACUCCUUUACUCUGCUUCUGAUAAGUCUAUCGCAUACUUGUACCACACAACUCGUAAGAUUUCAGUUUUCAAGAUUGAAUCAUUUGCUCCAAAUUAUCCAUACAGUCAAUAUCCAUGGGAUGAAUUCAAGAGUAUUGUUGAAAGAGGAGUUGCUCAUGCUCAAUCUGUUGGUGUCAAGUCACUCGUUCUUGAUUUACAAGGAAAUGGUGGUGGAUAUGUUUGCUUAUCGAUUGCUUUGGCCAGACUUUUGAUUGCCGAAUAUUCUGAUCUGUCAAAACUCUAUCAACCUUUUGAAUUCAAGAAAAAUCCACUUGUUGAUUCUGCUCGUCCAUUCUUCAUUCAACCAAACUCAAUGCUUAAUGCUACAAAUCUUCAACUAUUGCCAAAUGCUGAUUUCUAUGAGAGAGGUGUAACAAAGAAACUUGGUGGAGUUAUUGCUAGUUACUCUCAACAAUUCUAUCUUGAUUGUGCCAGUGAAGGUAACUUCUUCUUCAAGCCAGCCACUCAUUACUUUAACAAGUUUAUUAUCUUGACUGAUGGUUUGUGCGGAUCUAGUUGUUCUCAAUUUGCUUCCAAAUUGAUUUAUAAUAAGAAGGCAUUGGCUGCUAAUGUUGGUGGUUAUGAUUCUACUUUUGAAACAACUGCAUUCAAUGGUGGUGCUGUUCUUCACUAUGAUGACCUUGUCAAAAGAGGAGCUCCAAUUCCAAGAUUAACCAAAUCCAAUGCUGUAUUUACUUUCAAUGAAUUCCACAUGUACUUGAAUGCACAACAACCAAUUCCAAGAGAAUUCCAAAUAUUGAGAGGUGAUAUCAAGAUUAACUCUUGGGACUUUGAUGAUUUGGAAGGAUUGGUUGAUACUGUUGCUCCUCAAUUCGACAAGAUGACUCCACUCAAUCAAUAAUUUUCUUCCUGAACCAUAAAAUUUUGUAAAUAUCCGAGUUUUGUAAAUAAAAAAGUUUUGGUUGAUUAA